AUGGAUUACUCCUACGACAACGUUGUACCAAACUUUAGAUUGGAUGGAAGACUCGCUAUCGUCACUGGCGGUUCUGGUGGACUUGCCUCUGUGAUUUCAAGAGCUCUUCUUGCUCAAGGUGCCGAUGUUGCCUUGAUUGAUAUGAACCUCGAGAGAACCAAUGUCGCUGCAAAAGAGCUUCUCAAGUGGGGAGAAGACACCUUGAAGGGUGCUCACGAGUCUGCUAUUGGCCAAGUGUCUGCCUGGUCGUGUGACAUUGGUGAUGCUGGAUCUGUUGAGCAAACUUUUGUCGCCAUUAACGAAAAACAUGGCAAGAUCGCUGACUUGUUGAUCAACUCUGCUGGUUACUGUGAGAAUUUCCCUGCCGAGGAAUACCCAGCUCGAAAUGCUGAGGGUAUCAUGAAAGUUAACGGUUUGGGUGCAUUCUACGUUUCUCAGUCGUUUGCCCGUCCUUUGAUCCAAAACAACUUGAGAGGUUCCAUCAUUCUUAUUGGUUCGAUGUCAGGAACUAUAGUCAACGACCCUCAACCACAAGCUAUGUACAACAUGUCCAAGGCAGGUGUUAUCCACUUGGUCAGAUCGUUGGCGUGUGAAUGGGCCAAGUACAACAUCAGAGUCAACACAUUGAGUCCUGGAUACAUCUUGACUCCAUUGACCAAGAAUGUCAUUGCUGGACACUCUGAGAUGAAGGACGCCUGGGAAUCUAAGAUCCCUAUGAAGAGAAUGGCAGAGCCAAAGGAAUUUGUUGGCUCUAUUUUGUACUUGGCAAGUGAAUCUGCCUCCAGUUACACUACCGGCCACAACUUGGUGGUAGAUGGUGGCUACGAAUGCUGGUGA